AUGGAAUUGCAGAUACACUUCCAUCUACAAGACAUUUUAUGUGCAAUUCACGCUUUAAUAAGAUACUUGACGAGAAUCAAAACUAAUGAAUAUUUCACAAUAUUUUAUGAAGAUAUUCGAGCUGAAGCGAAAUCACUGACCGAUGAAUCAUCAUUGCCACGUGCUCGAAAACUACCAGCAAGAUUUAUUGACUCUUUACCGAUAGCAACACAUCAUGAAACAGUUUAUGAUCUUUAUCAUCAUCAAUAUUUCGAAGUUAUUGAUAAAAUUAUCAAUUCACUCAAUUCACGUUUUAAACAGUCAGCUUGUCCUUUGUUAUGUAAAGUUGAACAAUUCAUUUUAUCCACAGCUAAUGGUACAAAAGACAGUGAUGAUGAAAUAAAUUUGAAUGAUAUGAAUGAAUUUUUAGUUGGUGCUUUUGAUAUUGAACGAUUAAAGCGUGAAUUAGUUAUGUUACCCGAUUAUUUUUCAACUGUUAAUAAAGGAAUGAACCUCGGCUAG